AUGAGGCGGCCCUGGAUUGUCCAGCUUCUAGACAUGAGUGAAAGCUCCCAUCAAAAGGUCUCCUCAGUUGACCUGGAACAGAGCUUGAUUCAGCCUUUCCCAUCCGAGGUGGUAUUUCAGAGCUAUGUCCCCCGUGAGGUCUAUGAAGUGCCCCUGAUUCUGAGGAACACCGACAAGGUUCCUCAGCUGGUGAAGGUCAUCUUGGAGAGCUCACCUUAUUUCAAGUUGAUCGGCCCCAAGGUUGUGUACCGUAAGCCGCGGGCGGUGGAGUCGGGGCCCAGGCCUCCAGUGGGCGGCCUCCAGCCCGACACCUGGGCCUCCCUCUUCGACGAGCACCCAGAUCUCCUCCAGCGCUUUCUGCCCUGGCUGCAACAGCAGCUGGGGCUGAUCUUUGCGGAGGAGCCUUCAACAGCAGUCGUGCUGGAGGACCUCAUCCUGUCUGUCCUGGGCUUCUUUGGGCUGGACGAAGGGGUCCUGGUCCGGCUGCUGCAGGCCAGCCUCCAGGAUCGCGCGGCGACGUUCGUACACCAGCUGAUCAACGUCGCCGUGCAGCGCUGCAGCAGGGAGGCCCACCGCCUGCUGGGCCUCGAGGACGGCCAUGCCGUCGAGGAGUGUCUUCCACUAAACUUUCGGAAAGACGAUUUGAAGGGAAUUCACAAGGAUCGAAUGAAAAUUGGAGCACGUCUGGCUGACGUUGAUCCAAUGCAAACAGAUUGUUCAGUACGGUUUGAUGGUGUGGGUGGUCUUUCUGACCACAUUUCAGCUUUAAAAGAGAUGGUCGUUUUUCCUUUGCUUUACCCAGAAGUCUUUGAGCGAUUCAAAAUUCAACCUCCAAGAGGCUGUCUCUUCUAUGGCCCUCCAGGGACUGGGAAGACACUGGUUGCUCGUGCACUUGCUAAUGAAUGUAGCCAAGGUGACAGGAGAAUAGCCUUUUUUAUGAGAAAAGGUGCCGACUGCCUGAGUAAAUGGGCGGGGGAAUCUGAACGACAGCUUCGUUUAUUGUUUGAUCAGGCCUACCAGAUGCGACCUUCAAUUAUUUUCUUUGAUGAGAUAGAUGGUCUUGCUCCUGUGCGGUCCUGUGAACAAGACGAAAUCCAUAGCUCUAUUGUAUCAACACUUCUGGCACUUAUGGAUGGGUUAGACAGCAGAGGAGAGAUUGUGGUAAUUGGAGCCACCAACAGGCUGGAUUCUAUAGAUCCUGCUUUACGAAGACCCGGACGGUUUGAUCGAGAGUUCCUCUUCAGCCUGCCAAAUAAAGAGGCUAGAAAAGAUAUUUUCAAGAUUCACACACGAGACUGGACCCCUAAGCCACUGGACAUGUUUCUUGAAGAGCUAGCUGAAAAAUGUGUUGGAUACUGUGGUGCUGAUAUUAAAUGCUUAUGUGCUGAAGCUGCCCUCUGUGCUCUGCGCCGCCGCUAUCCUCAAAUAUACAAAAGCAGUGAGAAACUGCAGUUAGAUAUUGCUUCUAUUAAAAUAACAGCGAAGGAUUUUGUCAUGGCUAUGCAGAAGACUGUUCCAGCUUCACGGAGGGCUGUGGCUUCACCUGGGCGAGCACUAUCACCUAUUUCAAAACCACUGCUUGAAAACACACUAGCAAGAAUUUUACAAGCCUUGCAGAGAGUAUUUCCCCACGCAGAGCUUGCUCUAAAGAAGGGCCAACAGCAAGGUAUAACAAUAGUAGCUGCUUCUUUAAACUUCUGCCAAAGCAAAAACUUCCGAUUUGUGCAAUCAACAAAUGCUUAUUACCAGCCAACAUCUUGCAGGCCACGGUUCUUACUAGUUGGAGAGCCAGGAUACGGGCAAGCUUCUCAUUUGGCACCUGCAGUAAUACAUGCCCUGGAAAAGUUUCCAGUCUAUACACUAGACCUAUCUGUUCUGUUUGUUAGCAUCACAUCAUCGGAAGAAACAUGUGCACAGUUGAUGCGAGAAGCACAAAGAACAGCACCAAGUAUCAUUUAUAUUCCACAUAUCCAUUUGUGGUGGGAGGCUGCUGGAGCUACAUUGAGAGCUACUUUUACAACACUACUGCAGAACAUUCCAGCAUUUGCUCCAGUUUUGCUGCUUGCAACAUCUGAUGUGUGUCAUGCAGAUCUCCCAGAAGAGAUAAAAGAAUUGUUUAUUAAUGAUGAUGAAGUGUUCAAAAUCCAGUUGCCUAAUGAGGAAGAAAGAAGAACAUUUUUUGAGGACUUAAUUGUAAAUCAAACUGCUAAACCUCCUGCAUCAAAAACUAAGACAGCUUGGCAGACAUUGGAAGUACUGCCUGUAGCACCACCGCCUAAGCCUCCACAGCUGACAGAGGAAGAAAUAAGACAGCUGGAGGAGCAGGAGGAGGAUAUAUUGCGUGAACUGAGGAUUUUCUUAAGGGAUGUGACUCGUAGACUUGCCGGUGACAGACGUUUCAGAGCAUUUACAAAGCCUGUCGACCCAGAGGAGGUACCUGAUUAUGACGCAGUUAUUAAACAGCCCAUGGACCUUUCGGCAGUUCUCUCGAAGAUUGACUUGCACCAGUACCUAACUGCAGGAGAUUUUCUAAAAGACAUCGAUCUAAUCUGCAGCAAUGCUUUACAGUACAACCCAGAUAAAGACCCUGGAGAUCGUCUCAUUAGGCACAGAGCUUGUGCUUUGAGAGAUACUGCAUAUGCCAUCGUGAGAGAGGAAAUGGAUGAAGAUUUUGAACAACGCUGUAAAGAAAUUCAAGAAUCUCGCAAGAAAAGAGGUUGUAGCUCUUCAAAGUAUGCUCCGCCUUACUACCGUGUAAUGCCAAAGCAGAACUAUGUUCCUGGCUGUGAGAAAACAGACCCAAAGUGUAACGAAAAGAUGAAGAUGCCAGCAGCGCCUGUAGAUUCCAGUACACCGUGCUCUGAAGGACUAGGAAUUUUGCCAUUGACUUCACCCAUGCGCUUUGUGCAGUACUCCGUCGAUACAAAGAACGCUUCUGAAGUUUACAGCUUUAUAACCGAUUUGAAGAAGGGCUCGUCUCCAAAUGCUUUUCUGUUCAUCUAUAUUAGUUCACGUAGUAAGACAGUAAGCAACUUCACCUAA